AUGAUCUCCGUUUCCGUUGUUUUUCAGACCCUCUUGGUCUUCUUCAGCUGCGUGGCUGCCAUGCCCUCUGGCUUUCCUCGAGUCUAUGUCCCGCAACAACAUUUCGAGGUUCUGCAAAUGCGAGCAUCAACUUCAGUCAACCCUGACGCUGUAACCGGUGUAACAUGCCAGGACCGCAGCCAGAACAUCGUCUUUCAUGAUCAGAACGUUGCGGAGCUGGGUAUUUGCGGAGGCAUUGCAGGCGCUAUCACGAAGUGUGGCGGCGCACCAACAAGCACAGUGGGCCAGUCAGGGACGGCCAAGUUCUCUCUCAACGCCGUCGACAGUGGAGCCACCAUCAACAUCUCCAAGGGCAGGUGGGAGCAGUGUAUCCGUGCCGCGAGAGCUGUCUGCCCAACCGGCAGCAUGAGCGGCACGUGUGUCGGCGGUGCAAGCACGGGCAACGUUGCCUUCACAUUGGCCAACCCCUGA